CGYUUUUUAUAGAUUCUUUUCCCGGGUGGUAGGCGGUCAUAAGUGUUUGCUGUUAGUCGUUGGCGCACAGUAAGCAAAGUGGGUAGCGUCGCGCCGUGMUACCAAAUAAUUUAACUUGUAUUGUAUGUAUGUGCUCGUAGUCGUCGGUGUUUCCGUUUAACCAGACCAAUCGCGUGUGAGAAGAUUUAUGUUGUUGUUGCGUAUGCUGCAGCCAGCUACAUAUCCUCGUGCGGUUGGCAUAUGUGUUACCGAUUUCGAGUGGGAAUUCGUGAGUGUUUAAUCCCGGUUAGCAGCAUGAUUAUCGAGCGCACCGGGGUGUGGAUAUGGCUGGUUGGGCGUGAUGCUGUAAAACCGAACCUAAUUUGUGGGUGUGACGUGAAAAACGUCUUUGGGYUCAUGUUUGCAUAUUCAUGCGAAUAUAUAAAUGCACUUACAUACAUACAUAUAUAUGUAUCUGCACACAUACAUAUGUUGUAUACCUUGAUGGUUCGAGCCGUUACAUUUGUCCCGCCAUAAGUUAUGCGAACGUUCAUAUGUAGUUGUAUGUGUGCGAAGUUAUAUCUCAAUUUAUGAUGCAGGUAACCCGGUGUAUUGGAAUUCAGUGGCAGCUAACGCUAACUCUAACUUUAACCCUUUAUGUUGCACACGUUCACGUGGUUAGGUUGUACCAACACAGCUGUAGGGAAAUGCCAAUACAGCAGUCAAGCCGAAUAUACUGACGAUGCACAACGAAAUUACAUAUGCGCGUACGUACAAUUAAAAUGUUUCUAAAUUAUCUUUAAAAGACGGUAUUGAGAUUUAACUGACUAAAAAGCUUAAACAUUUUUUAUGAAUAAAAGUUUGUGUGCAAUUAUCUACAACAGAAACGUGUACAAAUGAAAACUCGCAGUGAAAAAUAAUGAAAUUCCCUUCGCGUAGUAAUAGCAAAAGCUCAACAAUAAUAGCUACGGUGCAAAACGCUGACGCUAGUAGCGGCAUGCGUGCCUCAAAAUAUGUAAACGUUCAUAAAGACACCAAUAAGGACACUGGCAAGGAUCGGCGCAUGCCUAGUCUGUUAGCGAAUGCAGUGAAAAUGAAGAUAACAAAGUGUAAUGCCACAAAGUUGGCCAACUCCAAUAAUGGAAAUAAAGGCUUAGCCACGACGACUAUGUCGAAUACAAACACAAAUGUGUUUUACAACAAUAUGUGCAGAUCAUUGAAUGAGAAUCACAGAAUGACACAGCUAACGAAUUUUCAAAACGCUCAAGAAUCAAAAGGAUUAGACAAAUUAAAUGGACUUUGUUCAACAACAACAACAACAACAACACAACAGCAUAGAACAAGUGGUGAAUGUGGCGAAAUGGAGUGCCAACCGAUACAACAACAAACACAAUAUUACGGACAGCAGGAUCAGCUAUUGGUGGAAGAUAYGUCAGCUUGUAUGGCAAAAGCAACAACAACCGAARCAACAGACGAACGGCGUGAUCACUUCAAUCUGCUGCCCAACAACGACACAAGAGUGACAGGGAACGGCGGCAUAUUAAAGGMAGGGCAAAGCCAAUCGCCACCACAGCCAAUGCUGAGCGAGCGUGCAAGGAUCGAACCUACAACAAUGAAACUGACUGCGCCCAAAGUCGACGCAGCCGAUCACUCAAUACAUUCAACACAGCAACAACAACAACCGAAGGUGCAGACAGUGCAGCACACAGAAGAGAAUUGUACGCAGGCGAGAAACACAAGCAUAUCUCAAACAACAAUAACAAAUGCAAUGCGCUCGCCUUGUACGUUUGYAAACUCACACACGCAUAACCGAUCGACAACGCCACCGACACCACAAGCGCACACAAAACCAACACAACUACAAGCCGAACAGCAACAACAACAAAAAYCUCCUGCGUCAUUGUCAACGUCGUCUUCGGCCGCUAUACCGUCGCAUUCGUCUUCGUCUUCGCAUUUGGCUUCGUUACUGGCACAGCCUGCUGCUACACUGRCGUUGACGUCGUCUUCGGCGGCAGCGACGWCUGUGUCCGCGUCGCCAAUAAGGUCCGCAACACCAAAACUCAUAUCAGUUGUCAACGAAACAUCAAAGCAAACGGUGUUACGUACGAUCGGUGAAGCCCGAARCACAACAUCAACCAUAGUCAAAUCAACAGCAGUGAACGCUUUAGAGCAAACGGCUAAUGUUACACAAAUAAAAACUCCCACAACACUUGCAACGAAKGCUUAUUUUCAAGUGAAAUUAGAGACGACGAGUCAAGUCGMAGMCGAAACGGCGAUUCAGCAACAGCARCASCAAGCGAGCGGUGACGUUGUUGUUAGAGAUAGUGUUGUCAACACGGAUCCCCAACAAAUACAACAAGAGUUAGUGACGCGAGAUAAAAAUGCCAAAAACGUUGAUAAGUUUCGUAAUGCGAUAACAACGUCUACGACGUUAACAAAAACGAAACAAACACUAAUACCGACUGCUGCCGUGGCGCCGGUUGUAACCGCAAAUGCCGCACAAAUAUCCGUUAUCAAYAGUAAUAACAAUAAUAAUCAUAACAAUAAUAACGGUAAAUUAAGUGUUAGUGUAAACAAUACAAGCGUGAGUGAAAGCAAAAAUGCCAAAAUUAGUGACAAACAACAAGAGCAAAUACCUGUAGAGCAACAACAAAACGAACUAUUGCCACUUAACUAUCGCGGUGCAAACAAUUCGGUAAUUAUAGCUAAUUUUAAUAGCAACAGCAACAACAACAACAACAAUAACAACAACAGCAACCACAACGCAAUUAACACGUCGCACUACGCACAAGAGCAGGCACCAGCAACAGCAUCAACAACAACAACAGUACACAUAUUAACAGGUGAACAACAUUUGACUGAGCCGCAGUAUUUGCGCUACACUCAGCAACUGUCGCAGGAUAGUAUUGGUGAGGUGCAACACCAACAUCACCAGCAACAACAGCAAUUGCUGCAACUCACAUCGAAUAUACUCAACAGUGCUGAUCCCAAUUUAAAUUUGGCUGUCGCCACUGAACUGCAACAACAACAACAGCAGCAACAACAACAUCACCAACAUUUUUUCACACCUUAUAACAGUUGUGCCUACGAUCUGUCGCGUCAUAAUCAGCAACAGUUGCUACAACUUGAUCACCAGCAGCAGCAACAUCAAACACAACAACAGCUCACAAAAGAGUUGCUCGAUAAAUCCGACUUAAUUGCUUUGCAUCCCUCACAUUUACUAUUUACCCAACAUCUGUCGACUGCGUCGCCGUACGUACACUCACCUCCGUCGCAUUUGCAUCCUCACGUGCACACGCACCCACACGCACAUCAUCCACAAUUCAUUGACGACAAUAUGCGUAACAAUUUCAGUCUAUACACCUAUGGUGGCAAUCCACAUGAUCAUCUGCAGCAUCAUUCAAGCACUGRCGCCGCACCCAGCAGCAUUGACGAGGUCAUACAGGACACGCUAAAGGAUGAGUGUCUCGAGGAUCAUCACACGGGUGUCAGUUACUGUACGUUGACCACCGUGCCCGACCUUAAGGAUGCUUAUCAUCAUACGCAUAUGUUGGGCGCAGCGGAGCAACAGGUGCUGACACCCACUCAGCUGCAUCAGUUGCAUGUGAACACACAUCAACAUCACAACAAUUCAUUGAGUUCGGGWGGCGGYUCACCGUCGCCCACAUCACUUUCGCACGGCGGUGCGSCAGGAGACGUCGCCAGCUUUACRCAAUUAACCAAUGCGACGGCCUAUCGAGACGUGUACGGUGGUUUUGCCACCGAUCCGACUGUUAUAUCACUGUUUCCGUCCCCGCUGAGUCCAGUUCUAACAAGCAGUUAUCCCGGAUCWCUCUUGACAUCGGCCACCAAUGGCAUUCAACAGUAUGGCAUGCAACCGAGUAGUGCAAUCAGCGCCGUCUCAUCCGCCUCGCCAUCCCAUCAGCCAGUACAUUCGGCCGCYUCCACGCCUGGCGCACAUGCAACCAACUCUGUAGUGGUAGCGGGCACCGGUUCCGGUUCAAAUUCCAUCAACAACGACGACUACGGCUCGCCGAAGAGCAAUACCAGUAGUAAUGGUGGUGGUGGUGUUGGCAGUGGAGCGACCAACAGCCAGUCUAUUGCUGGUGGCAGUGGACGUUUGCCUGCAUUUCAACGCAUCUCCAGUUAUGUUGGUGGUGCGGGCGGUGCAGCUGGUGUCGGCGGUGUGUCGAAUGUCAACGUCGGCGGUGGCGGCGCCGAUCGUUACACAUCGUUGACAAAUUAUCGCACAAACGACACAUGGGCAGGCCAUUAUGAGGCAAUUGGUUACGCGCCCACUUCGGUCGUAACGAGCGCUGCCGGCCUAGUUGGAAACACGAACGUCAUACGCAGCUGCAAUGGACGUGCGGGUCCGGGCGUUGGCGUGGUUGGUGUUGGUGUGGAGGGCUCCGCAUCAGCCAAUUUGGCGGCCGCUGCGGCACAUUUGACUGCAUCCGCAUCGUUGUCAGCAACAUUUUACGAUGCCGAUUUUAUCACCGACGGGCGAGAAUGUGUCAAUUGUGGUGCGGUUUCAACUCCAUUGUGGCGCCGUGAUAAUACCGGACAUUAUUUGUGCAAUGCGUGCGGUCUUUAUAAUAAAACGAACGGCAUGAAUCGCCCCUUAAUAAAACAGCCUAGACGAUUGAGUGCAUCCCGUCGUGUUGGUCUUUCCUGCUCGAACUGUCUCACAACACACACCUCGCUCUGGCGCCGCAAUCCCAGCGGUGAGCCCGUUUGCAAUGCCUGCGGACUGUACUUCAAAUUGCAUAGCGUGAAGCGGCCCUUGAACAUGAAGAAGGACACUAUACAGACACGCAAGCGCAAAGCCAAGGGYGCCAAGGGUGAAAAGUCCAGCAAAAGCAGCAAAGCAAAUGCGAACGCCAAUUCGGCGGCUGUCGCCAAUAACGAACUAAAACAAUUAACAACUAACUUGCAACAGCAACAGCAACUGCAACUGCAGCCACAAACGCCACAAAUGCAAGUGAAACAAGAGUCACAAAGCAACAAUAACAACAACAACAACACUGUAUUGACGCAUACAGCACGUUUGUCACCAACAACAAAUGAUGGCAGCAUCUCACCGACAGACACGAAAUCACCACUUAUGGCCUUGUUGCCAUCAUCACCUUUAACGCAGAUGGAAAAUGUUGCUACAAUGCAAGAACAACAACAGUUACAACAAACAUACAAUCAGAAAAUGUCACCAAUGCCGCAUGCAAACUCACCGACAAUGUUCUCAUAUACAUCACCGACACAUAAUGGGCAUUUGAAUAACAAUAACCGUUCAUAUAACAACAACAAUACUAAUAAUAAUAAUAAUAAUAAUAAUAAUAACAACAAUACGUUAAAUCUUAUGCAGAAACAACUGCAGACUCACCAAACGCAACAAUUGCAGAAUAUGCAACAACAGCAUGCAGCACAAUCGCCGCGGCACCAACAACAGCAACAACAAUUGAUGACACAGCAACUUAUGCAAUUGAUGCCGCCACAUUCGUCCCCCUCCACAUCGGUAUCGAUGCCACCAACGCCGACUACCCCAACCACACCGACGACGCCAACCACGCAUCACCAACAGCAGCCAUUGCAGCAGCAAUUGUCACCAAUGCAGGAGCAGCAACAGCACCAGCAGCAGCAGCUCCAGCAACAGCAACAACAACAGCUAUUUCAACAUUUGGUGCACCAGCAUCAGCUGCAACAUGACCAACAACAGGCGCAUUUGGACAACAUGUCGCUGCACUAUCACCAACAAUACCUGCAGCAGCAACAACAACAACAACAACAUCAACAACACUCAAUUGCGCCACAAAGUCCCGCUGGUUCCGCAUCGCCAACGCAUUCGAAUUUCGGUGAAUUGUUGCCGCUGCACGAUUCGRCCAUCAAAAUGGAGCAACAACAUCGUCCAAAUCAUCAACAACACCACAGCCACAACACGCAUUUGAUUACACAAGAUGUGGCGCUCAGUCGCAGUCCCUCCUUGGAGGAUGACGAACUGAUGCUGGAGUUGCAACAUCAUCACCASCAACACGCCCAAUCGAUUGCGCUGAACUUGCAGCACCAACAAAAUCUCUUCGAAUUGCAUGAAUACGAUCGUAAAUAUGAACGCGGCACUGUGGUGAAGUCGGAGUGAGSGAGCUGCAAAUGGAGAGUGUUCUUUAGUUGGUGGCAUUAGCAGCAAAGCGUAACCAAAGAGUGGAUUUUUAUCAUUUACUUAUGAUAUACAUGCCUGUGUGAGUGUGGUUGUGUAUGUGUGCAAUAAGUAUGACCACCAGUUGUAUGAAUGUAUGUACUUAUAUUUUAGGACAAAUUUUAUUAGAUUUUUAGGGUAAAUUUUUGUGAAAACCAAUUCUCCAAAGAGCGCAGUAAAYGUGCAAAUAAAUAUGAAACGGUACAAUAAUCAUUAUUUUAAUUUAAAAUUAAUUAAUUUUGAACAAAUGAAAAAAAAACUGAAAAUUUAUUUCUUAAAUACAUUCAUAAUGGACUAAAAUGGGUAUGCUUGCCUGUAGAUACAUAUGUACAUUGCUAAUUAAAA